AUGGAACUCCUAGCUGCAGUAAGAUGCAGAGGUGGUAGAACAAUGUGGUUGCAACUUCUCUUCAGCCUACUGGUAUUGAAUUUAUACUCUGAGGCUUGCGAGGAAGUGACUUUCAAUGUCCCUCCUGAACUAGAGGCUGGAAUGUUAAUUGGCAGAGUCAACAUGAAAAAUUGCAUUAAGCAUGCAGAAUUUAUCCGCUCAAACAAUUCGAACUUUACAAUUUUAGAAGAUGGCUCAUUGUAUACGACAAAUGCUAUUUCCUUGUCUUCUCAUGAAAAUACCAUCACCAUAUUCCUUAAAGGCCUUAAUGAACAUGAACAAAAGAAGAUAUUUGUUAGUUUGCUAAGACUUCCACGAAAGACCUCAAGAGCUAAGUCAGGACGUAUAAGAAGGACUGCUCUUAGACGAAGCAAACGAAGAUGGGCUCCUGUCCCAACUACUAUAAUGGAAAACUCCUUAGGACCUUUUCCAAUGCAAAUUCAACAGUUAUCUUCUGACACAGCCUUGAAGUAUAAUAUUAAGUACUCCAUAAGUGGUCCAGGGGUUGACCAGCCACCCCUGAAUUUCUUCUACAUUGAAAGAGAAACUGGAAAUCUCUUUGUGACUUGCCCAAUUGACCGGGAAAUGUACUCAGAAUUUAAGAUAAUUUGCUAUGCAGUGACGCCAGAGGGAUAUACACCAGAGACACCACUUGUGCAUGUGAUCAAAAUUGAGGAUGAUAAUGACAAUGCCCCAGAGUUUGAGCAUGAUAGUUAUAUCUUUGGUGUACUUGAAAACAGUAGAGUUGGAACGCUUGUUGGACAGGUGAUUGCAACAGACAGAGAUGAGCCGAACACUUUACACAGCACAGUGAGAUACAGAAUUGUGUCGGAUAGUGGUCAAAUGUAUCAUAUCUCAGAGGUAUUUGGGAUACAUCCGGAUUCAGGUUCUAUUACGGUAUUAUCACCAAACCUGGACAGAGAGACAAUAUCAGAGUAUAGACUACAAGUAGAAGCAAGAGAUAUGGGAGGCCAUGAAUUUUCUUUGUGCACUACAGCAGAAGUUAUCAUUGAGAUUACAGAUAUAAAUGACAACAUUCCACAAUCCGAACAAAUUGUGUAUGAAGUGGAUGUGUUUGAAAAUACAGAAAAUGUGGAAAUACUGCUUAUUCCCGUUAAAGAUGAUGAUGAAGUUGGAACACCUUCAUGGUGGGCUACAGCCACUAUUAUAAAAGGAAAUGAAGAUCACAGUUUUUCUAUUGCCAUGGAUCAGGAGACAAAUGUUGGGCAUUUAACUGUUUUAAAGGGUCUGGAUUAUGAAAAAAACAAAGAGAGAAGAUUAGAAAUUGUUGUAAAUAAUGAAGCACCUUAUGUACUAGCACCACAUUCAAGAGCCCUUUCAACAAGUACUACCACCGUUAUGGUCAGAAUUAUGGAUGAGAAUGAGGGGCCAGAAUUCGAUCCAUGUGAAUAUUUUCUAAAUAUUAAGGAAUCUUUGCCAAGUGGAACAGUAGUUGGUGAUUACCAAGCAAGGGACCCAGAAACUGGAAACAGUGAAGGCAUAAGUUACAGAAUAAUUAAUGGCCCAUGCAACUGGAUCGUCAUUGACAACACAGGGCAGCUGAGAACUACAAAAAUUUUAGACAGAGAUAUACCAAAUAUGGAAUAUAGUCCAUGCACCACAACAGUCUGUGCAACUGACCGAAGCGGUAAAACAGGAACUGGAAAAAUCGUGGUAACAGUAAUGGAUGAGAAUGACAAUUACCCAGUGAUUACUGAAAAUAAUUACAUAAUGUGCAGGGACAAAGAACCAAUUUAUAUUACAGCCUUUGAUGCUGAUCUUCCUCCCUAUACAACACCUUUCCAUUUUGAAAUACAGAAGCCAGUGGGCUCAAUAUGGAAGAUAAUACCAUUUGAUGAUGAAUCAGCGCUGCUUUCACUUGAUGAAGAUAUACCUUAUGGCUACUAUACACUUCUUCUUAGGAUAUAUGAUAAUGGCGGUUACAGUGGAAUAAGUGAAAUAAGAGUUCACUAUUGUAACUGUGCAUUUCCAAGUGAUUGUUCUGACCCCAUCUCAGGCAUCUCUGCAGAUCGUGUUUCUCCAGAAGUGGUGUCGUAUCAAGCUCCAGGUGACGGGGGAUCUUUUGGUCCCUUGGCCAUUCUUUCAGCAAUACUGGGAACAAUGUUAGCAAUGGGGGCUAUACCAUUUGGUUAUUGGCUCCGCAAAAAAGGGUCCUUGCCUCAAGAGGUGGGUGAUAAUUCAGCUUCUGAGAAUUUAAUUGUAUCCAACACUGAGGCACCAGGUGAGAAUGUGACGGGUCUGAAUGUGCUUCCUGAAAGAGCAUUGAAUGCAACUGUUAGCAUGAGCACAAUUGGAGAAAGAAUUGGAAGUAUGGAACUGAUAAAAGAAGGAGAAAUAAAAGGAGGAGAAAUACCCAGGGUAGGUUCUGCACAGGAGAUUGGACAGCAUCUGCGGAAUUCAUACAAAAGCCUCUAUUCCGAAUGGCGGAGUUUCUCCAAUCCUCACUUAGCUGAGAAAGUAUUUCAGUGUGAAGAAGAAGACGAACUCCAACACAGUAAAGAAUAUCUACUUCCAUAUAAUUAUGAAGGAAAAGGAUCACCAGCUGGAUCGCUAAGCUCCUGUACCGGCCAAUCAGAAGUACAAGAAGAACUUGAUUUUUUAAACCAGCUAGAGCCCCCAUUUAAGACUUUAGUAGAAGCCUGUUUAAAGGAAUAA